GUGAAGGAAAUUCCAAAAUUCUGUCUCAGCAAAAGGUCAAUAAAGUCAGGGAAAUACUUGGGCCCAUCUUAAGUUCUCUCAAGCGGAAAUGGAAAUUGAUUUUUUUGGCGCCUUUUGCCAACGAGUUAAGUUUUAUUAGCAGAUUAUCUAUAGCACAGGAAACCAAAAAGACAAUGAAGGAAACGAUGGAAAGAAAAGUGCUUUCGCCUCUCUCGGCCCUAGAGAAAAUUGGUAAGUCGGAGGGUUGUUUUUCUCUUAUGUAAUGUAUAGGGACCCAGAUAAAGAUCACGGCGUUUCGAUCGUGUACGUUUGAUAUAUGUCAUUGUUGAGCUGCAAUUGGUUGAUUUCGAUCACGUCUUGAUGACCAGUCACCUAGUGAAUUUCUUUGUAAUUAUAUCAUCAUUCUACGCGAAUCUGUGUGUUCUUCGACAUGCUCUUUUCUCCUCGCAUCCAAACGUUUUAUCAUCGGUUGUUUGAUCAUCUUCAGCUCGUUAUUCCGUCCUCUGCAGCAUCAAAUGAAAUUUUGUUUUACCGGAUAUGCGAUAGGGCAUAUAAACUAAACGAGAUGCACGUGUCUUCGAAGCUCUGAUCUUUCGAAGGAGCCUUGUCCAAUACAACCUCAUUCCAACGUAAGCAACGCAAACCGACGAUUCGUCCUUAUGAGGUGUAAGUAAACUACAUGAUUGGUGCGGUAUCGCCUAAUUUUUAAUCCUUUGAAUUGCCAAGUUUAAUAGCUCCAACGAAAAUACUCUCCAUUAAUUAACGAGAUAAAAUCGUUGUCAAUCGAUCCUGGUAUGGCAUUUAUUAUUCUGCAAUUAUAUUGAGUUCUUUGCGGUUUGACCUUUACGUUCAUUUGGUGGAAAAGCGUGAAUUCCUUUUAUUCAUAGUAUCUUGUUAAUCGCAUUAGCCGAGUGAGCCAACAAAAAUGAACAUGCUUUAGGUUUUUAACACACUACACUUGUAGAUAAUUGAGACUAGUAUUGCAGCCGGACAUGUAUAACGGGGACAACACUGACUGGAUGCACAAGGUACACCCAUUUUUUUUUUUUUUUUAAUCGCACCAUGUAUUCGACUACAGGUAUUUUAGAUGUUUUAUUACAAGCAUCAAGUUCGACAAUAGAAAGUCUUGAUUUCAUAACAAAUAAAGGCAAUCACCGCCAGCACCUUAAUAGCUUGAGCCUUUUAACAUAAAGCCACGAUAAUUAAUAGGCGGAGUGUAAAGCAAUACAGGUCAGGCUCAGUAUUUCAAAUAUGCUUCUAAUAAUAACAAUUGACUUAUUUUAUUUUCUUCACACAAGAGACUAUAGUCUCAUGGUUCAUAUCAUGAGAAACAGAUUUCUCUCCCUGGCGAGAAGUACACCAAAAGGAUGGAAAAUAAAUUACAACUGGAUUUUUUGUUGUCUCGAGAGGAUUAUAUUUUUGAAGUUUCGGCUUUACAUUUAGCCACUUUUCAGUGUCAACAAAAUAAAAAACCUUAAUUACCAUCUAAUGAGCUAGAAAUUACCAAGGUGCUAUAUAUAUAUACAUCUGCGUCAAAACAUGUCGAGUGCUUUGUUUGUCAGAUUUUUUACAAAAAUGUCCUCUUUUCUCUGGAAGCAGUACACGCCAAUAACUGCUGUUUUGACAAGAACUGUUUACGACAGAAGAAAUCGCCGUAGAACUUUCUUAGGAGUGACCGUAGGUACGUUGUACGAUUAUUAUCUUGUUUUUCUUUGCUGUAAUAAAAUCGUCAGUCAUAAGUAGGGCUUUACUGCGCAAAGCUGGGAUAAACCUACAAUGCUUCAAAGGGAUUACCAAAGCACUGCCUUGCCCUCCAGUGGAGCUACUUAUGUUGUGCAGUACGCUUUUUUGAUAGUUGUAUCAGAUGGAAGAAAGCAGUAUAAGAGGUUCUUUCAAAUACGCUUGAAACAAGAAGGAUUAGCAGAACAUAACGGCUUAAAAUGCUACUUCCUUCCUUUCUGAUGCCGUUGCAUUUUCCAAGACAAAAAGUCUCGAAAUUUCCGCAUAACACCCCUACAUAGAAAACGUGAUGUUGUACCUGACUAAAUACGUCAUUCAGUGCAAUUGAAGGGGCCGCGGCCAUCGUCUUUGUGUUGCCGGCAUGAAAUGGAAGACUAAUGGAUUAUUAUUUUGAGCUGAUGUUCCUAAUUACCGAUCUUUGCCUGUCCACUUAAGAGUUGUCCAAAUACCAUUGAACAUCCUAUCAUUUCUAAUUUUGUUACUUCUGGAACGGAAUGUAGCAACGUUGUCGGAGAACAUGUGAUAGAAUAUAAAACUAACACUUGUCUUUGGUCGUGAGUCGGAAUGUAACAAACUAACUAACGAUAAAAAAUCUGUUGAAUACCCAAAUUGUUAAACAGAUUAGCACGAAGAAAGUUGCUCGCAUUCUGUGGUGUCGUUAAUUCCAGUGUAAGGAGUACAAAUGUCCCCUUAAUAAAAAUGAAUUAGCCACAUGUAGUAUAAGCGAUGAAUAGUUACAUGAUGAUAACGGCAUAAAUUAUCACUGCUGGCAUAAAGCGGCCUGACCUCAUCCAGUCACUUAAGACUGAACUAGGUUUUAUCAUAUGAGAUUUGCAAGAACUAAGAGGAAUACUUAACACGUGCGGUCAAGAGCUGAGUAAGUAUUUUCACGUUGUAGUACAGUACAUUGUCACAAUAAUCUUUUGAAGACACACAUCGUGCUACCGCUAUUGUAAUAGUCUUAAAAAGAGCAAAGGUCUAAGUUUUCUUCAUGAGAGGGGCACGUGAACCAAGCGAUUUCUACCAGUCUGCCGAGUCCUGCAUUUGUCCCUACCAGCAGGAUAUUCAGUUUUGGGAAAACAGAAAAUUUAUAACACGCGACGAAUCAAUGCAUUGGCAUAUUGUAUUUGUUCGUAUAUCCGAGAGAAGCAACCCUAAUCGCUACGCAAACCGUCUCGUGUCGAUUUACCAAGCGUUAGUUCAAUUUUUCUUGAGUCUGAUCAGUCUUCUUGCUUUGUUACUGCUUUUCUUCAGUCAGAUGAGGUUUUGUUUUACUUCUUCGCGUGUUUUACUUUUUUUGGAAGAACUAACCCUUGUCCAUCGUGGUUCUUUUCAGGAUUCAGCGUGGCAAAAAAGGGAAAAUAAACAAGUCUGCCUUCUUUGAAAUCAUUAUACCCCGAGAACAGUGGGUCGGUGCGUGAGUGAGAUGUCAAACUCUACGUUGUUACUAAGUGGAUAGUUUAGUGAAAUACCAGCGCUCUUGUCAUUUGAAUUCAUUUUAGCAGUGAGCCUCGCGCAGUAAACAUUAACUUGAGGACGAGAAGAAAAAGAAGAAGAAAGGAAUUGUCCCAAGUUUACAACAAUGGAACUGUCACUGAUUUACCUGCUUCUUACACUGAUCGAGACAACGUGUAACCCUUUCUGUGAAGCAAGCAACUGGCAGAACCCAAAACUUGCAAAGUGGUAUCGCCCGUCUGCAGUCACGGAAGGCUACACCGAGACUGAAGAUGGCACUUUAUACUUAAACAUUGAUGAAGAUAGUAACACAGUCCGUGAUUUAGCCAAAAAAGUCCUUUCUAUGCUUAAUCUUACCGAUGACAUUUCGGUGCAAGGGAUCUCUUUUACUCAAGUGGACUCCAGUCUUGGAAGGUCGCGAAGGGCGCCGGGGAUCUUUGGAAAGGACACCCGGGUAAACAUGCGAGCGUCUCUCGAGGCGCAAAUGUAUCCGUUCUCCACCGCCGUGAUGCUUUCUUCCGGUUGCACUGGCACCCUCAUAGGAGCUCAGCACGUGCUGACGGCCGCACAUUGCGUGCGCAGUGGAAAAAGACUGUUAAAGAGUGCUAAAAACUUGAAAGUUGGCUUGCUUCAACGUUCAGGAAAGUUCCACUGGAUCCGCGUGCAAAGAACAUAUGUGCCCAAAGAUUGGAAGACACAGACCCCGCCGAGAGACAGGCUGAGAUACGACUUUGCGGUUUUGAAACUCAAGCGUCAGCACAACAGGCAGCACAUGUCCGUGCAGACGAGCAGCCUCCUUCCCGGCUCAAAAAUUCAGUUUUCUGGCUUCCACGGUGAUAAGUGGUACAACUCGUUAUGGUACACGUACUGCCGGGUGUACAGAAAAUCGAAUGACAUGAUUCUCAACUUCUGUGAUGGUGCUAAAGGCGUCUCCGGAUCGGGAGUUUACGUAGAUACUCCUAGUGGUGAUGAAAACGCCGUCGUUGGUGUAGUAUCGGCAAUAGCCCGAGGAAAGGUCAAAGGCAAAGUGUUGGAGUUCAAUGUUAUAAAUUCCCUUACCAGUACCAAGGUGCGACAGAUUUCAAAAUGGGUUACCAGACGCUAAUAAAUCAAACUGGCGCCGUCCCAGAGGGCGUAAGCUAAUGCUUGAGAUGCAGAAUGGCCUUCCUCAUUGUCACUAGUUUGUCUCUGUCUACUAUAAACAGUAUUAAAAUGGAACAAAAUGACAAAAACAUUUAUGUUCGCUGUUCACAUUCACAAAUCACGGAGAAAACAUCCAAGGACUUCCAGCGUCAGCGCAAAGUACUCUUUCUCAGGAACAGUAAAGUAAUAAUUUGCUUUGCGGAAACCAGUAUUAGAACCAAGGAGAAAGGCAGAAAUUUGUAGCGUCGACAAUACAGUACUCAGUCAUCACACUAACUUUCGUGCCCUGGUGCACACGAGGCCAAAUUGACGUUACGUAUGUAUGUAUGCUCAUUUUAGUUGGAGGAUGGUUGUAAAUAUUAACUUAAAAGUGAUAUUUAUUAUUCAUGCCGAGGGAUAGAUGUUUCAGAUCUGAUCUCGGGUUGUGCUGUAUGUAGGUGAAUUAGCAGAUGCCGGUGUAAAAAGCUUGAAGAGGUUGGCAUAUGUAAUGAAGAUCAUCGCUCGACAUACCUCUAACUGUAAAUUUAACAUAGUUACAGAUUGUAGGUAUAUUACAGCCAAUUUUGCAAACAGAAGCUGUUCUUCGUCCAGGCCGCGGUAAACGUUUUUAUAUGACGUGGUGGUUGAUAGCCAGUAUUAUCGUUACAAAGCUGUAGGCCUAUAUCCUUGAUCAAAUCGGUGGACACAAGGGCUUUUUUUUUUUCGUUUAUCCUGAAUAUGUUUUGAACGUUAACGUUAUCUGCUUGUUCAAUGAAACCUAGUAAAUUCUAGCACUAUUCACCCUGCUUGGAACAGGCAUUCUAUGUCAGUGUUAACCUUAGUAAGAAAAUUUGUAAUAAAUUACAAACUGAUUACAACAUAAAAUGUUCCCUUCGUCUUUAUUGACACGGAAAGGAAGUCGAACUGAAGGGACAGUUAUGUAUUUGUAUGCAUAUAUAUAUAUAUAUCUUUUUUUUUUUUUUUUCCAAUUUCCCACUCAUCUGUGUCCUUUGUUUGCCGUGUGGUGAAACUUGGUUUUUCAAUUUAACGUCUAGUGUUCAAUUAAGCAGCGGGAAAUUAAAGCUGCCUCCAUUAUUUACGCCAACUAGACGUCGUAAAUGAAAUCGUACUAACUCCCUUAUUUUCUUUUUCUUGUUCGGUGUCUUUGGUCCAGUUAACACUUGAAGCUGUAAAGCGAAUUAUUAUUUUUCUCGAGAACGUCGUAAAUUUUCACUUACAAAUUACUCAUUUCCAAUACCAACAUGGAAUAAUAUGCAAUACCUUGGCCCUUUUUAUUCUCGUGACUUUAACAUAAAUGCCUCGCAUUUAAAUUUUGGGAAUAGACACAGGAAAUAAUGCUCUUGAUUCCUGGUUCGUUAAACAAGUUACAAAUAUUAUUUGAUGGAUGUUCUAAUGACAAGGCCUCAGAUGAAAAUUGGUUUUCAUUAGAUUAAAAUGAAGCUCCCAUUCUAUUUUUUUUUUUUUUUUUUUUUUUUUAGGUUUAGGAGGUAUUUUAAUACACUUGUGAUAGCAUGAAAUUGUUACGAUGACUGAAAUCCAGUAGACAAAACACGUAGCUAACAAGCGCUCUGUGUAUACGAGAUCACACAGAGCCACUUGUUAAAUUAACAUGUUAAUUACGUUGCAGCGAAUGAGCUUUAAGAGCGUGGGAACUCACUAUAUAAACUUUUGUUUAGCACUUCAGUCAAGGAAAAGCUUGUUUACAUUUUCCACUUCAAUUGAAAACCGGGUACUUUGUUUUCGGUUACCAAUCUGGAACAAACACCUAAAGGCAAAAUUCUUUCUCUUCACCCCCUGCAAAGCGAGAAAUGGAGGGAUAGAUAAGAAGUUCCUUUUUAGGCCAAGAAAACAACAAGUGGCCUACUCCACAAUGGGCCUUAAAUGGUGACUUCGACGGAAAAUUAAACAGCAGUUAUGAAAUGAUGAAAACAAACCAUGCAUGUACUUGUAGAAAUUAAUUUUUUUCUCCAUAAAACUUACUCUGUAUCUGUUUUACUGCAAUCCUGAAGCCUUGAUCUCUACUGUUGAAUCUUUUGGCCCUGUGACAAAAUGAUUAUCUUCAAAUUGUAUCGGUUGCCUAGAGCAAGCAUCUCAUUUUCCCUUUAGAACCAUGACUGAUUACGUUGUACAACCAAAAGUACAGCUAAACUUUAUGCUGUAAAUUUAACUUUAAUCUUGUGCAUCUAGCAGUAUCACUGAUAUAGAUAAUCAUUAUACAUGUAGAUGGUUCUCCUAACUAAAGUAAUAUAGUGUUUAAUAAUCACGAGUAUUUUUCGAAACAACUGCGUAACAUAUGGACGUUUGCCGAUUUCUUGCAAUAAGUCUAAGUUAUGAAUGCAUCUGCAUAAUGCUAUUUAUAAGAAAGCGAUAAAUCUUCGAGAAGUAUCCUUACGUAGACCAUGCUAAUGGAAAACGCAAAAGGCUUCAUGAAUUCAGUCAAUUUGGGUACAUUGUCAUCGGCAUUUGUUGUUAUUCUUUUCUGAAAUCCAAACAUCUUGUCAAUACAUUCCAUGUGCGCCGGGUUACAAAUUUGGUUAAUGACAUAACACGGCCAACUUUCGAAAACAAGGCUUUUGCCUUAAUGAGGCCACAUUUAGCUACCUUAAAGUUAUUUCGUUAAAUAGGUAAUUUGAUUUAUUGUCAAAUUCUCUCGCCUGCCCUUGGUGCUUCUAUAUACGAACCUUGGUGAGCCUAUAAACGGCUUGUGUCUCCUGAACUGAUGCAAAUAAAGUGAGGAAACUAAAACAUUUCAAAUGUCUAUGAACCCUGGAUUAUAAGUUGUAUAUUCUUUGGAUUUUUCUCUGUUUUUUGCUUUCGUUACAAUGGGCACAUUUGAAGAAAGUAAAGCAAAGAAUAAAGCGACUUAUUUUGCUAAAGCAGCCCAACAUACCUCCAGUUUUGGCCACCAUGCAUCUCAGUGAACCUCCUGAACGUCCGCUACUUAAAAGAACGCCUGAGUUACCCUGCCCCUUUCAUGACCCUAGUCAAAACUAAUUUUAUGGUCAUUGAAGUAGCUCGGGUAGCUUAAUCUGCAGUUACAUAUGCAGUCAUGAGCAAACCCACACCUUUAACCGUUCCUUAACUGGUUUGUUUUCAUACCAUGCACUCAGCGAACAAGGGAAUCCCAAGGCAUGGCCACGGCCUUGGCAAUUAUCAUGAUUAGAUGCUCAACUGGACACAAAUUGGAAAAUCAUUUCCAAUGAUUUACUUCUAUUAUUGGCAAGUGAAGUUGAGGUAUCUUCUUUUGUUUGGAAAACAUGUCGAGAAUUCAGAUCAAAUGGGUUGACGCAAUGUAAGGAAUUCGUCCAAGGAGGUAUUUGCAAGCUCGCAUUUACAAGACCUUUCGGGAAUGUACUGAGGAUCGUAACACCAGAAUACUGAAGGAGUUUUGUCUCAACCGAAAUCGUGGUCAAACCGUAAAGUUCUUCUCCAGAUGUAUGGCAAGUUACUUCUCUGACAGUGAAAUGGGAUAUAAACAUGACCGAUAGCGGAAUUAACGCAUUUUGGUGGUUCGCAUUCGUGACAAUUGCAAGAAACAACUUACAAUGAUUUUGCAACUCUAGGGGGUUGUAUUUUGGAGCUUGAUCAACACUGAAAAAUCGCAAGGAGAGAAAAUCUGCCGGACGAAGUUCUAUGCCCUUUUUAUUUUGACUGGAGUUCGAGUCUGAUAACCAAGCAGGAGCGCCAAAAACAUCACGAAUCCCUACCGAUGUAUACAGAAUACCUAGCACAGAGAUUUCCGACUUGGUGCAAGACUUCAAGUGCCAGAUUUCGAAGCGAUAAUUAACAGAUCAAAACACUGGUAACGUUAAUUAUACCAAGCCGCCGUCUCCAGGCAGAUGGAUCGAUCAGGCCACAGGAAUGCACUAACGUCAUGCACUGUAGUUUCUUUCCUCUCCAAAUCAAACAUUGAUCUCCCCUUGCAAAGAUAGCAUUUCGUCUGAACAAGCCUUUGACAGGUACCAGUUGUAAAUUUCUAGAGUAGAAGUUUCAGCUUUAGAUAGGAAAAAAUGGUUUUGCUUGAAUGAGUUGUCAGUUGAUGACCGUCAUGUGGAAGAAUGCAUAAGAAAUUUCAGUCUUGAAAGUAAAACAUAUCUGAAGAAGCCGAUAUGCCGUUUGCAAAAUCGUUUUUCAGUCCACUGAGUCGUGAAUGUUCUUUUACACUUAGAUCAACUCUUGAGAGCUAUUAAAUGCAAGGUGAAGACUUGGUGGAGACGCCAACUUGGUUAGCAAUUGUUAAGGUGAACAAUGGUAAGUGGCUCUUGACGUUUGUGUUCAAUUUGGAUUUGUUAUUUUCUUUCUACAUUUGUCAUAUAUUUCGUUCUGCAAUUAAUUUUGAUGAAAAUAUUCGAAGUAAAGUAACCAACGUAUCUAUUCUGACAGCUUAAAUGUACCUUAAUGCUUAAUAACUAUUGACCUAUCAUAAUACGGGAAUCACCUUAGUUAUUUUAUACAUAAUCUAUCCUAAAGUUCUGUUUCAAAGCUAGCCCAAUGUCUCCCGGAACAAUUAAGGUGCACCAGCAAUGCCCCUAAGCCUGAGAACCAACAGAGGUGGGGUUUCUAAAGAAUGAAUGAAAAAUAGAAUUCCUAAAUUGACUGAGGUCUACUGCAAACUUAGUGGAAUCAGAAAUUCUUGAAGGGUCAUUGUAACCACAACCGUUUGCCCACAAUUUUGAGUAACAUGAGGGUGGGUGACAUGAGGAUGAGAUUACAUGAUUGUAAAAUUAAUUCAAAUUGCCAAGCCUCUGUUCAGUAAGAGAUCAAAGAUGACUUAAAAAUGUGGCCGAGGAAACAAAUUAAACAAAUCCUGAAAUGCUAUCACCAAUAUCUGCAAUGUGGACCUCCAACAUUGGUACAGAUUGUCGCGUUUCUCUACAUUUCAGCAAAAAAAAACAAAACACCCAUUUUAACAAAAUAGAGAACGUUGGAAGAAGACUUUUAAAACUCAGGAAAUAACGAGGAUUUUCGAUUAUUUAAUAAUCUUUAGGGCGAAGACAAAUAAUCGCAAAUAUUACAUGUUUUGAAAAUAUUUUAAACAAAGGCCAGAUUGUUUCCGGACUGUCAGAUUGCUUCCGGAUUCCAUUUUUCAUCACCUGUCUUUUCUAUUUGAUAUAUGGUGUCGAAAACCACGUCUGGUAAUUGACGCUAGGGCGGAUUGGGUGUGGUGAGUAAAAAUGUUUCUAGUAAAUGUGCAUUUGCUAAACAGCAACUAGAAAUUGAAAGGUAAAUUCAUGCUUUGUGACCAUCCAAACCGUGAACGUGAUACAGUACAGUUUAAACAAAUUACGUGCUUUAUUUUUUUUGUUCUUUUCAACUUGCGUGAUACUUCAUACUGUUUAGGUCUUAUAUAUACGUUAUCUUGCUUACAACCUUUAGGUUGCUAUUUAAAUCCAUUAUUCAUAUUGUGUUUCAGUCAUCAUAAAUUGUGAAUGAACAAUUAGUCUUCCGCCUACAUUCGGGACUAUUUAUCAGUUUGCAGCGUCAUAUAAGCCGACUGCCUCUGUACAUGAAGAACUGGGAUCAGUUCUAUGGAAAAUAUUUACACUAGUGUUAUGUUUCUUAUUACUUAGACUUAAUAAGAGAAAUUGAUUUACAAUAUUUAGAAGUGUCCAAAGCCGUUUAAAUCUAUACACAGGUAAUCCCUUUUACAUAUAAUCACCUCCCUUUAUGCACACAGUUUAUACGCCGUUGGUUUCGCUGUUUUAUAACCUCUAAGUGACCUAGCGUUGACCAUAGGGUUUGUUAUUAUGCUUUGCCUUUUUGUUUCAACAAACGACAUUUGAUGUCUGCGAAAAAGAACAAAAUUAACUAAACGUAAAUUGCUCAUGGAACCGCAACACGCCGUAGGCAACAUCGGUCUAAUUCAUGUUAAUUUUAAUUGCCUUUUGCAAUGAAAAACAUCUCAAGAUCAAUGCAUAGCUCUAUAGCUCGCAAAUAUUCUUAACGACAUCAACCUAUUUGAUAUUAAAAAUUGACCGUAACGAUUUUUCUUACCAUGUUUUCAGUUAAUCGUGCUUCCCUGCGAAACCGGCUUCCAAGAAGAUUGCACGCUGUUGCGCAAUAAUGAGCUGCUCUUUGCAUGAUAUAUAAAUUUCAAUCAUACAACGUUAUCUGCCCCUGAUAACACGUUAUCAUGUACUGUGAAGAAACCCAAUGUUACCUGCAUGCAGUUGGGUACAAAAGUAAAACCACAAAAUUAAUAGACGGCCUGGUAUAUUACAAACCACGUAACGCAACAAUAAACUGUCUUAAGUUAACUUCCACCUUAAGUCUAAUUAUUGCUCGGCGAUAUUCACGUCUUUUUCAAGAGCCCUUCGAAACUUUUCCAAACUCUAAAUAUAUAUAUAUAUAUUUUUUUUUUUAACGGCUUCUUCUCUAAUCCCACUCCAAUAUUACUGAGCUAGUACUCGGUUGAUGUUUUUAAAUCCACGCAAGUCGCGACGUCAGCACCAUUCUCUUUACAAGACGAAAACUCUUUGCUUCACUUCAAAACUUCGCACGACGGAUAUAUAAUGUCAGCCGUUUAAACACGGUCUGCAGGCGCAUUUCUUUGCUUCUGGGUAGCGAAUCACUUUUAUUACUCCGUGGCAGUUCACUGAUUUUUCUUUGAUAGUAGCUUCGAUGGGUGCA